AAACGUAAUUCGUUAAAUAAAUCGCAGCAAAAACGUAUUCUUGGAUUUUUGGCGCAGAUAUAAUGAAUAUGCAACAUUAUUUUAGAUGAAAUGGGGUAUAUCAAAUUUUAUUUGAUAUUUGUAGUUUGCUGUACGUUCAUAUUUUUCUAUUUAUAUGUUCACACCCAGCCAACAUCUGCAAAGGAUCUCACAAGUUCCCGUGAUAGUAGAACUUACUCCAGACCUCCAGUUCUCAUGUACAACAGGAUUCCUAAAACUGGCAGUACAUCUCUCAUGAACAUUGCGUACGAGAUACGCAGCCAGAAUAGAUACAGGAUAGUGCAGGUUAGGCUGACAUCUGCAGGAUCCAAGAAUAUUUUAUCCUUCAACGAUCAAUUGGAGAUCAGUAGAAAUAUAUCGGCUUGGUCCAGUCUUCCUCUUCUCUUCCAUGGACACUUUGCAUACUUUGAGCCUUCAACCCUUGGGGUAGAUGUUCAUCCUGUAUUCAUCAAUCUUAUUAGAAAACCUUUAGAACGACUGGUUUCAUAUUAUUAUUUCCUGAGGUACGGCGACGAUAUUCUAGAGGACAAGGUUCGAUCCAAGCAAGGAGAUACAACAACCUUCGACGAGUGUGUUGAGAGGAAUCAACCAGACUGUGAUCCGAAGAAGCUUUGGAUGCAAAUUCCGUUUUUUUGUGGAUCCUCACCCCACUGCUGGGAACCAGGCUCAUCCUGGGCACUUGAGCAGGCUAAACAAAAUCUUAUCAAUAAAUAUUUAGUUGUAGGUGUGACUGAGGACCUUGAAUCCUUUGUAACUGUUCUAGAACUCCUUCUUCCACAGUACUUUGCAGGAGGGGUUCAGUAUCUCAGAGACACGGGUAAAGCACACAUUAAGCGAACUAAGCAUAAAGAUCCUGUCUCCCAGCAAACCAUAGAUAAAAUGAAGCGGAGCAAAGUUUUCCAGUUAGAACUAGAAUUCUAUAAUUUUGCUCUCAAACAUUUUAAAUAUACCAAGAAAACUGUCACCUCUAACAAACAUAAUUUUGUUUACGAGAAAGUAAGACCGAAGUAUUAAUAUACAUAUAUUUGUAAUAAUUUGAUAAAUCAUACUUUUUAGAUUCAUUCAGUGCAAACCGUCUUCUCCUUGCUAAUAUUGUGCCAAUUAGUUUUGCUUAGUUUAUUCUAGUGCCAGACUUGAAG